AUGACGUGGUUUUCAAGAACGGUGACCUUUACAGGGCUCCUGCUUCUGGUUCACUCUUGCUAUUCGGCUCAAGAACAUGCAGCAAUCUCUUCAGCGUUGAAGGCUCCUACUUCCAAUCUGCAAAAUGUAGCGAGUAGUUUACCAAUCGACAUCCGUGUCGAAUCGAUAUUGGCCACUCUGAUCAUCUGUGUCGGCAUUGUCGUUGGCUCCGAAAACCUGCACCCGAUUCGAUGGCAAGUGUGGGCGGGGAAAAUCGAACGCGAGGGAGACGCUGGCUUCAUUGACGGGUCUGGACAGGUGGAAAAGAACUUUCGGGGCAACCCAUACAGCGUUCUUGAAUCCCGUCCCGGCUUUCUCGACAUCCGCAAACAACGUCAUGAGUUUACUGAGUGGGCUAGAAAUUAUGGUGCCAAGUGA